AUGGAUAGCUCACCUCCCGAUUUGUAUCAUCUUCUCCAAUUCACACAUCGCACAAAGCUUGUUCAUUGCUUGUUCUCUUCAACACCGCCAUCGUUUCUGGCACCGAGCCGGCGGCCACCAGCGAAUUUACACCGACGUAACAACAAUCCCGCACCUCCGUCGUCCGCAAAAACCCGUCCCAGUCUGGACGCUGCGACACUACAGCACGCAGCCGCUAGUUUGCGCAAGACCGUCGACGGUGAACAGAUUCGAAGUCACCAGGAGGAUCUAUCCUAUGGAUCAUUGGCAGGAUCGAAUCAACAAUUGCCUGGACGAGAUUGGCCGAUUGGCGCGCAGCAGCAGCCAUUGGGAGCAAAUCAAUCCGUUCAGCAGGUAUAUGCUACGCCCUCUCGUUCCAUGCCAACUCGUCCGCUCGUCGACUUACGUGGACGCGGCGAUCCGAUAAACGUCCCACAGUAUCCAAACGCCUCACCAUAUAAAAAUUACAAUGCCCCAACCGUCACCAUCCAACCACCCACCGAAACCUCUAUCUACAGUAGUUCUCAGUACUCAAUCCCGCAACGAUCGUCGCCUUCACCAAACUAUUCUCAACAACAGCAAUAUUCUCAACCUAGCCCUACCCGAAAUUUCUCGCAAACAGUCACACGCACCAGCUACAGUACCGUCGAUUCCCCAUCCAACGUUCAACCUCCCAACUACAUUGUCACCCCAAAUAACAACUAUAUUCAAGAGAAAAGCUAUAACACUUAUGCAAAUGUGUCACCGAAACAAGCAGCCUAUGGAAAUGGAAACUACAGUACCCCGAGAAGCUCAUCUCCAUUGAUUCUUGAUGCCCGAGAGCGAAUUCACGAUUUUGCGACGACCACGGCUGCCGAGGUGCCCUCAACCUCGAAGUUCACACAAGCUCGUCGAUCUCCUCAACCCGCGAGAUCGGUCGAUCCUGGCUCGAAUCUCGCAAAACAAAUUCGUGAUCAAGGACUCACUGAUCGUCAAAAAUACGCGAAUCAAUUUCAAAAGUCAACCGCCUCGCGCGACAACGAUCUCCCAUUCUCGGCCACUGCUCUCUAUCAGCAAUCAUAUCGCAACGACGAAGUGGAUGCGCUUGUGCAACGGAUGAGCCACGGAAUGCACACGGCCACCAACUAUCGAACGAUGAUCAAUAUCUGCUCGGUUUGCAAUGAAGAAGUGACGAACGAAAGACCCGGUUGCACGGCAAUGGAACGCAUCUAUCAUGUCGCUUGUUUCAAAUGCAAAAAAUGUGGCAAUCAAUUAGCCGGCUCGUCUUUCUACAAUGUCGACAAUGAGGCGCUUUGUGAAGCUGAUUAUCAAGCAAGCCUUGAGCGAUGCACGAAAUGCGGUCAAUCGAUCGCCGAUCGUUUGCUUCGCGCUUGUGGCGGCACUUUCCACACGAGUUGCUUCACAUGCUCUGUUUGCGAUGUUUGCCUUGAUGGGGUUCCAUUCACGGUCGAUCCGGAAAAUCACGUUCAUUGUGUGCCUUGCUAUCAUCAACGUUACGCUCCUCGUUGUGCCGUUUGCACAGCUCCAAUCGUGCCUCGAGAAGGAGAAAAGGAAAGCGUUCGCGUUGUGGCCAUGGAGAAAUCUUUCCACCCGGAGUGCUAUCGGUGCGAGGAUUGUGGAUUGCAACUCUCGAGCAAGAUCGAAGGUCAAGGCUGCUAUCCAAUCGAUCAACAUCUCCUCUGCCGUACCUGCAAUUCAAAUCGACUGCGACUUCUUUCCAGCACC